UUGUUAAAUUAACCGAGGCGGGUUAACUAGUUAGCAUGCGUGCCUUUUAAGGUAUAGGUAAAUGGUGCAGAGAUUUAUAACGCUUGCGAGUACCGUAAAAUACAACAGAGAUAAGAGAAAUUUAUAUUUUAUAUGAAAAUCGACCGUUGGAAAAUAUGACUACUUAAAUAAAGUGGCAUUUCAUUGCGAAGAUAGUGAAUUUUAAAGUGUGAAAAAAAUCAUCUUCUUGCAGUGAUAUCGAUUUUCAACAUGUGCUUAGCUGGAUAAUUGAUCUUCCCGUUAAAAGAUAUCCCCUAAAUGUUACAUCCAUGUGACCGGAAGGUAGAUUAACCAGCUCCUUCUACGGCGCGCAAAUCUCGACCGUCCCUCUAUCCAACUUCCGGUUGUUGAAGGGAACUUCCGUUGCUCAAAAUGGGGGAGAUGCUCACCCUGAACUCCGCCCACAACUUCGGCAUCUAUACCAAGUCUGGGAAGAGAACGAUAUUUCAGAUUGACUUCUCUGACCGAAAAAUCAGUCUGAUUGAGCGAGGGAAGAUAGGCAAAUGUUACGACUUCCGGUUCCUUGAACAAUAUGACUCAGAGGACAACUUGCAUAUUGUGUUGCGUUUCCGAGGCAACAAGAGCCUGGAAUUUGACGCGGACACGGCAGAAGAAAAAUACACAAUAUGUCGUCUGCUUGGUAUGAUUCUGAGCGGGGAGACAUUUGAUGCGAAUGGUGGAGAUGCAGGUGAGGCAGCGAUACAGGCCCGUUUGUCCACUAAACGACAGAUUGUCAAAGAGGGCAUUAUCGAAAAGAAGGGCAAUACAAAAAUACCCACGUGGUCGAGGCGCCGAUUACAAGUUUGUCCAGGAGAAUUUUCAUACUACAAACCAGGAGUUGACACGGCUCUGAAUCUAGUCCAGCUAUGGGAAAACUCGACCACUUUAACAUUGAACGGCCAGUCUGGGUUCAGCGUCUCCGUCAGGGACCGGGCUUAUCACUUCAAGGUGAUCGGAGAGAAGGGCGUCAACGCCGAGGAAGAGCGCAAAAGAUGGAUUGUGGCAUUCCAGCAAGCUAGUCAAAGAAAACGGGCAACGUUUUUACUCCUGGAAAUGAAGAAUCAAAAUCAGAACAGACAAGGUGGAAUUCUACCUCAAAACUCAACGGACGACAGUUUCGAGGAUCCGGGUUAUUACAACCAGGGUGGGGGCCGCGGAACCGGAAGUUCAAGUGGAUCGAACUCCAGCAGGGAGGUUCUUGACGGACUUGAGAUAAACGGCGAAGCAAAUUCCCGGGGAAAAUAUGGCUUGAAAGCAAUAAACGAGCUGGAUGAAGUGCUUAAUGGUGAAUCUUCCGGUGGUUCCCGGCAAACAAUAGCGCUUAGUGUUGUUCAGAAGACAAGCCCGCUAUUGAACGCUCCCACAAAGACGCGGGCACGCCCUCCUGUUUUGAACACGAGAAACGCACAACAAACCGAAAGUUUUGAGUCACAUGACACUUAUGAUUUCAUACCGGAGCCCGAUUACUCACCACCUGCCUCCCCCACUCAGAAUGACGUCACUUCCGGUACAGAUUCCCUCCAACGCGAGAAACAGGCAUCAGGUGUGUACAAGAACCACAUUACGCCGAGAAAUAGCGCACAGGACGAUGGGGUUGACUUAGAUCCGCGAACUUCCGGUAUAUACACUCGCGUCAUCCGGCCAGAUUCCAAGAAAAACUCGACGCCAAACCGAGCAUCCGGUGAGUACAACAAGGCCAUACGACCCGCACCGGGAGCGGUCAAUGUGAUGCCUAAUGUAGGUGAAAUCCCGAAACUAAAACGCCUUGGAUCAAAAGAAAAUUCUUUCGAAAGUGAUAAAACUAGUCCGCGUGCAAAUGACAGUCCUCGGUCGGAAGAUAAUACGUAUGACAAUGUUACAUCGCUUUCUGUCAAACAAAUGCAAGAACAAUUUGAACAACCGUACGUCUUUGAGAACAAAACUCCAAGUAAACCGCUGAGCCCACGAGAAAAGAAACAAGCGCCUCCAGUUCCUACCGGAAAUAGACCGGUACCGCCGCCCCCAGCUCCAUGCGCACCGACAGCUCCGGCGCCGCCCCCGCCCCUCGUGUUUGGAGGCAAACCCAUGGGCAAGGGGCAUCUUAAGCAGGUCCAUUGGAAUAGGACACCAAAGCCCAUGGUGCCCAACUCCAUCUGGGAGCGGUCACGUGACCUGACUUCACGCCUGAACCUUGCAUUACUUGAGGACCAGUUUGCAUUAAAGGAACGUGACGCCCCUAUUACGCCAGGUCCAAAAUCCCCUGGCUUCGGCGGACAAAAACCGCAGCUUCUUGUGGACCCUAAAAGGGCAACAAUCCUGGACAUCUUCAUGUCGGGGCUUAAAAAUGGGGGCACCAGGCGCCUUGUAGACAUACUUAGUAGCGUGUCAGAGGACGACAACUUUCCCGCUGAGAAAUUGGCAACUAUAAGAAGGUAUCAACCCAACGACGAAGAAAUCGACAUGUAUAAAGCGCAUGCGCACCGGAAGCACGAGCUACAUCCGGUUGACCAAUUCCUGCUUGAAUUGUGCGAAAUCCCGUGCCUGAGCAUCCGAAUUGACAUUUGUCUGAUUCUUUGGGAGUUCCCAUGGCAGUACGAUAGCACGUGUCAGCUGUUAGACCAGGUCCACGGUGCCUGUGAUGAACUUCUAAACAAUGACAUGCUGGUUGCCAUCCUCGAGUAUAUUCUUGCAAUUGGGAACCACCUCAACCGGAACUGGUCAGAGAGCAACGUCACACAGGGAUUCCAGAUAACGUCAUUGGACAAGGUAUUGGGAGUACGUGGCAAAGACUCUGGAUAUACUCUUGUUCACUUCCUAAUCCAACAGCUACAACAGACGGACCGCGCGCUCCUUGCUUGGCCGGAAACCCUGCAAGGAGUAAAGAAAUGCGCUGAGGUGUCCGUUAAGUCUGUUUCCGCGGAGAUAGAAGUAUUGAAGGGUGACCUCGGGAAGGUAAAGCGACACCUGAAGGUCAUGCGUUCACAGGCAGCCUUUCAGAACAGACAGGACAGCAAGUUUCUCCAAGACGCACAGAAUGUGAGCGUGGAGUACGAAAUGAAACUAGAAAAGUUGGAUCGGCGAUCAGGGGAACUUCAAAACAAAUACAGGAAAAUACUGGCCCGGUUUGGUGAGCCACUUUACCAGCGUUCGGACCAGAUGUUUGCUGUUAUUGCGAGCUUUAUGGACAAGUUUAAAUCCGCCAUGAAAGACUUAGAUGGUAAAGGAUCGGAUUGUCGCAAGAAAUCCACAUCAUGAAAGACUGUUAAUAUUGACAUAUUUGUUUGGGAAAUACAUGCAAGGCUUGUGUUAAAUAACUCAGCAAUAUAUUUGUUUUCAUGUUGAUGUCACAUAUUUACGUACUUGUAUUUAAAACGUCUGAACAAACAUGCUACUAUGUAUUAUUUGAAAAAAAGUAGUGUACAAACAUUUUUUCUUCUAUGCAUUUAAUUCAAGCAUUCCAUUUAAUUAUCACAUAGUGGUUUAAUUAUCUAGUCUUGAAAAGUAAAACAAAGAUAAAUAACGGAUAUUUUAGUUUUGCUUUUAUUAAAACUAAAGAUUUUCUUUUGUAAAUGAAGACUCCAAGAAAAACAAAUGGCAUCCUUACGAUAAAUUCAGUUCUUUACCAUGAUAGUAUUUAAAAUGUACAUCGAACAGUAUAUAUUAAAAAUUCAUACCUAUGGCUAGGCAAAAGACGGACGUUCUUCCUUCUACUAUUAUAACAGUGUGUGUAUACCACGUGAUAAAUUGUGUCAUAAAUGCUACGUCGGAGGGCAACAUGUUGCUUCGAUUGAAGACUUUAAAGAAAAAACAUAACGCAGUCUACGCCACUUACAGUGCCCCGCAUUCGGUCUUUUACAAGAGUUUGAUUGAGAGUUUAGUUUCAGAAAACACUUCAACAAACCUACUCAAAAUACGGCCGCUUGACGGAGCACUGUCAAAACAUUUGUUUGUAAACAGGUUUGUCGAAGUGUUUGUGAAAACUAAUCACCAUAUAAAACUCGGGUAAAAACACGAAGGCGGGGAUCAUAAGACGGCAUAGACUGCCCUUUUUCAUUUAAAAUGGUGAAGAAAAAGAAUUUUUUCUUUGUUUUAAGUCUUCAAUUUAAGCAAAAGUUUGCAGUCCGACUUAGUAUAAAUGACGUAAUUUAUCACGUGGUAACCACACACAAUAUAAGAAGCAGCCCCGUCUUGCGGUGAGUCCUCGACUGUUACAACUGUGUUUGUUUAAAUGACGGUAUUAUUUUGGCAAUAUGAACAAAAACUUUGAAGCAUUUCAAGUGCAGGAAUGUUGUUUCUUUUGUUUAUGAUCUAAAUAUUGUUUUAUUGUUUUAUUGCAAAUAUCUUCAAGUGCUAAAUAAAAGUUGUAUAGAACUCAA